ACAGGAAUGAUUUCUCCUCAAGGUGUCGCUGUGGCGACCCUUCUGAUUCUUGGAGUGGUUCAUGGAUCCCUUAUUGAUGACUUGAAAGCAAAGUUUAGUUCUUCAUCGAGUGGAUUCGGAGCUUCAAUGUUUUCAAAUUCAGGAGCAAAAUCCUCAUUUGGAGGAGGUUUUGCAAUGCCAAAGUUAGACGCUAGUAAAGCUGCAAUGGUUCAUUCAAGUAGUUCUCAUAAGGGACAUCAUCAAAGCAGUGGAUCUUCAUCAAAUACACAUUCACUCACUGUUGUUGGUGCUGAUGGAAAGAAUAUUACUGAGAAUUCAGAAAAGAAGGACGGUUACAAUAAGGAAUCAAAGGUCGAUGAAGCCAAUGAGAACACCAAAAUCAAGAGUGCAGAUGGAUCUGUGAUCGAAACUGGAAAGAGCCACAACAAAUCCUCUGAUGACGCAAGCUCAUACGGUUUGGAAAAGAGCAGCAAGACUUAUGCAGAUAAAAAUGGAACCAUGUUGAGUUCUAAUACUAAUAAGAUCAACAACCAGAGCAGAUCUGCUGCUCUUGAUGAAGGAAAUGAGUUUGUCAACCAACAAAACGCUGAUGGAACAUUCCUUCGUAACAAUACAGGACAUAAGAACACUGAUGAGCAUCUCAGUCACAACGUGCUUGAUGAGAAUGCUCAAAUGUCGAUUGGAGCAGAUGGAACUUCCCACAAUAUUACCAACCGAAAGGGAUCAGUUGGGGACUCACAUAACGCUGCCUCGGAUGCUCAUUCCAACUUUGAAAGCCUUGAUGCUCAAGGAAACAAGAAAUCUCAAAACUACAGUAAGAAGGCAGCCUCUGCUUCCGGCUCCAAUGCUGACUUCGAGUCUAACUUGGAGUCUCUCAAGAAUGCCGAUGGAACAUCAAUGUCUAACUCAACUGGAAACUUCAACAACACUAGCUAUGACAAGGCAACGGCCGAGGAAGUUAUGUCAAAGAAGAAUGUCAAUGCUGAUGGAACAUCUUCAAUGGAAGCUAGUCAUGCUGGAAGUAACAGCAGCAAGAUCAACUCUGCAUCUGGACAAUCUUCGGAUCUUAGCAUGGUUGGACCAAAUGGAAUUAAGAGUCACAGUACAAGUAAUAAAACAGACAACUAUGCUUUGGAUGAGGCUAACCAAAGUGCUGGAAGUAUCAGUGAGCAAAUUGGAAAGAAUGGACAAAGAUCUCUUAAUGAAUCAAGCAUCGAGAGUGGAAGAAAGGCAGAAAGCAGAAACAACACCGCUGCCGAUACUCUUGACUCAGUCGAUGCCAACGGAACUGUUAGCUCAUCUCAUAGUAAAUCUGCAAGUGGAACAUCUUUGGAUGAGAAUCAUAAUAAGACUCAUGCUCUUCAAGCUUCAGUCGAUGAGCACGGAAACAUGAAGAACCACUCGAUUGAUGGAUCAUACAGAAACAAGAAGACUGGAGAAUUCGGAAAUUCUGAAAUGAGUGCUUCUAUUAAAAAUGCUGAUGGAACAAUGUCCCAGGUCAACGUGAAGAAUGACACCAACAGAAACACUUAUGAAGCAGAAAAGAGCGCUUUGGAGAAGAAUCACGAGAAGAAUAGUGACGGAACGUUCAAAGAUGAAAGCAAGGGAUCCAAUUCUCGUGUCAAUAGAACUGAUGGAGGAUCGAACUUGGCUGUUGGAAGUUAUUCAGUUGGAAAGGGAGGAGUUUCGUCAAACGAAACGAUUGCUUCAUCCAACGCUUUCAACACCUCCGAUGCUGAAUCCAACCAAUUCGACCAUCUUCAUCAAAAGACUGCAAAUGGAACUGAAAUCACUCAUGCAAAGGAUAGCAAACAAGUUGCAGCUUCUGCCAAUGCCAAGUCAUCUUUGGAUACAUCUAUGUCUGCAGUCGAUGCUAAGGGGAACAAGGUUGAUAAGACUUCAAGCCAGGCUGCUGACAGUCACGAUGCUAUCAGUGCAAGCAGUGAUGUGGAUGCCAAGAUUGUUAAGCACGCAGAUAGAUCUGAAUCAAUCUCAAAUGACAGCAGCAAUCAGACAGCCAGUGAACACAACGAUUCAUCAAAGCAAUCGGAGCAUGAGAAGAGACAAAAUGCUGAUGGAAGCUUCUCGGAUGUUAGCAGUAAUUCUGCAAAGAAGAAUGCUGUCAAGGAUGCCACUGAUGUCCGACAAAAUGCUUUCGCAAAUGUUGAUGCUGCUGGAAAUUCAGUUUCUGAAGUCAAGAAUAGUUUGGUAGAGAAUCAUAGCAAUGAUUCAGAUGCCUCUUCCGACUCAAAGAUCCACUCAAAAUCUGUCGACGGAACGGAACUUACUGAUGCUAAACACUCGAACGUUUCUACAUCUCAUCUUACCGAGGGCCAACUUGCUCAGAUUCAGAAGAAGCUUGCAAUGGCCGAUGGAUCAGUUGUUAUGUCAAAUGAUAACAGUCAUAUCACUCAUGAAAAGAGCAGAGCUGAUGUUGAUGCUGGACACAAGGCUCAUCUAUCAAAGGCUGAUGGAUCAAGUACUGAUAUUGAUGAAGGAUUCAAGCAUCACAGUGAUCUUGAAUCUCGUGGAGAAGGAGCACAGAAGCAAAGAUACCAGAAACUUGGAAAUGGAACUGAAAGUUCAAUGGAUGUUGGAUAUGAGAAGUCAAUGGCAAAGGGAGGUGAUCAAACAAGUUCACAUAAGAAAACAUUGGCUAAGGAUGGAAAGGGACACUUCACAGAAACAAAGGAUGGAUCAGAGAGUCAUCAUAAGAUUGAUGAUAAGGAUGUUAAACAGCAUAAGGAUAUUAUUCAAAUGUAAUAUUUUAUUUUAUCAAAAAUCUGGCAAUUCAACUCAAGAUCCGGUCAUUUGUUUUAAUAAAUUUUUGACUCUGCUUGAUAUUUAAAGUUUUUAAAAUGAAAAUCUAUGAAAA